AUGAAAGGUGAAGUGGAUAUCAGCAAGAAUACAGGCACUGAAUACGUUCCCAAAUCCGGCGAUAUCAUGUCAAAUUCUAGUGCUUCUCCAGAAACCACUUUUGCAGCACUGACAACACUUCCUGGAGAAAACAACAUUGUUGUUGCUUCGAAAUGCAUGAGCAAAUACAAUUGCACGGAACUUUCAACUGCUCAACUUUGGUUAUCAGAAACUGCCAAGACUACAAAUAUCAAAAACUAUGAAGCUAAAGAUAGCUGUCAACUGUUAGAUAUUAAGAGAAGUCCAAGGAAAAUCGCUAAGAAUGGACUUGUUUCAUCUCCUGAAUCUCAGAUUGUAUUUCGAAGUGAUUAUAUUGGACCAGCAAUACUCUCCUUGACCAAUUACUACAAAAAACCAGUAAUUUGGGUUCUUAAAACAAGUGCUGCUAAAUGCAUUGUGGCAUUUCCACAUUUUGGUUGCAUUCCACCUAUGAAGACUGUACAGAUCAAACUUGAUCUAGUCCAACCUAUGUCUAUAAAGAAUUCAAAGGAUCAAAUAACAAUGGAAUAUAUUGUCGGCGAGCAGAAUGCUAGAGAUGAUAAUAUUUCUGGAAUGUUCAAAAAAGAAAGAUUCGUUUCAAAGAAGAAAAAUUUAGAAAUCGUAUAUGCUUAG